ACCGCAACAAACAUACGUCAAUAAAACAUCCAUUGUCGUUAUACGUAGGACAUCCUAGCUGGGACAAAAGAAAAGAAACUUGUUCAUAGCGAGUGGCAGUAGAGUAUAGACUGAACCUUUGUUCGCUUUAUCGCUCAAUGAAAUUAUCUGGUGGGAAUAAAACGCUAGGAAAACUUAAGCUGUGAAAAAGCUUUCAUCCAUUGUAGCCUUCUCCAACCUCCGACGUUGCGGUACAUUGUCUGUGUCUUUCUUUUGUCUCGCAGACAAAGUAGCGCAAGACAAUGCGAUGGUGACGUUCACUACCGGCUCCUUAACAGUACCCUUAAAUAGCAAACACCUGACACAAAUUCCCAACUUAAACCAUGAAGUGUGUGUUUGUUUUCGUAACUCUGUUCGGAGUUUUACAGGCUGGUUCGAAAAACCAUGCCGACAACAUCAACGCGAUGUUCAAGAGCACUUUCGCUAAGUAUCAUGGUAAUGAUGGAUUACAGAUGCUAUUGAAACGAUCAGACAGUGACGAAAUGAGGGAGCGUCUUCUUAACUUCGAGAACGCCGUUACUGUGAGGGAAGACGUCAAUGAUGACCCAAGCACACAGUACACAGCAACACUGAACUUCAUUUCAGUCAUGACAAACCAAGAGAAGGCUAACCUCCUCAAUUUGAACCCUGCUAACCUGACGGACGAGUUUACCAAGAGGUCCAGUAAGAAGAGACAGCUCGCGUGAAGCGCCAGGCCCCUGCGUCAGUGAACUGGCUAGCUCGGGGCGCGCAGGUGGGGGUUAAGAACCAGGGAGGUUGUGGGAGUUGCUGGGCGUUUGGUGCUGUCAGUGCUCUGGAGGGACGGUACUUCGCGCUGACCGGGGACCUGGUGGCCUUCAGUGAGCAGGAGUACCUGGACUGCACUAUGGAACACUUUUACGAGAAGCACAGGUCCGACUGGGCUGAGAACCACAGCGGGUGCAGUGGUGCGUGGAUGCACUGGGCUUAUGACUACAGUAUAGACACUAAGAGGAUGGCGAGUAUGACUGACUUCCCCUACGUAGCAGCGGACAGGGCCUGUAACAUGGCUUCAGAGGCUAACGCUAUGGUUAAAGCUGACGUUACAGGCAUCACCUGGUAUAAGGGAUCUGAUACCUUGCUGGCUGAAGGAGUUGCUGAAGGAGUAGUGACUGUUUCGCUCCAGGUGGUGGAUACUUUCUCACAAUACCGAGAAGGUAUUUACUCGUGUGAAGGUACAUGUGACUGUUCCGGACAACUGAACCACGCUGUCACCAUGGUCGGGUACACUAGUGAAUAUUGGAACGUAAGGAACAGCUGGGGCGUUAACUGGGGUGAUGGAGGCUACAUCAAGAUGACCAGGGCCCAGAACAACAUUUGUGGUGUCAACGCAUAUGCUCAAGCACCAGCGCUUACCUGCAAACCUGGUCAAACUUGUGACGGUUGGGAAAACGGCGAUGAGGAAGAAGAAGAGGAAGAAGAGCAGGAGGAGGAAGAGGAAGAAGGGUUUGAUAUCGGAAGUGAUGUCAUUUGCGGAGAGAUCCAACACUUUGGGGGAUUGUGUGUAGAUAUGGACGAAACUUCGGAAAUGAACACGGUUCUAACCAGUGCUGGGUGCAGCCGAGAGUUCUGCUACACAACCAAGGGAUACGUCAAGGAUAAAGCCACUGGAAAAUGUCUUACUGUCUCUGACCCGAGCAUGUAUGAUGAUAAGGUCAAGUUCGGAUCUUGCAAGGGCGCUUACACCUGGGACACGACGGAGAAAGGAUUCAAGAUCAAGGCUGGGGAGGGAUUCUGCUGGCACCCACACGGUGGACUGGAGAGCCCUGCUGAGGAUACUAACAUAGUGAUCUGGUCAGGGUGUGAGGAGGACCGCCUUACAUUCCAAAUAAAGGAUACUCUCUGUUGGGAGGAAUACGCCGGACAGAAGCUGGGCAAGAAGAUGAAGACCGCUGAUGGCAAGAAGCUGAAGUCAAAGAAGCUUGACAAAGCUAAAAACGAGUGUAUGGAAACAAAGGGCUGCAAAGGAAUCUACAACAAUGGAAAAGUCUUCCUUCUGAGCUCAGGCAAGAAACUGAAGCCCUCCAAGACAACCCAUAGUGCUUUCCAGGUUGUGCCUUGCAAGGAGUCAUGUGAUUCAGGCACAAUGAAGUGUGAGGACGGAGAGUGCAGAGAGAAGUGUGGCGAGGAAGAGGAAGAGGAGGAGGAAAAGGAAGAGGAGGAGGAAGAGGCUGAAGGGGAUUGCCCUGGAGGAACCAUCAGAUGUAGUGAUGGUGUGUGCAGACAUGAGCACAUGUGCCACUAGAAUUACUGGAUAUAGCUGGACAAGGUUUAUUACUUUAUUGGACAAUUUAACCAAAUUUACGUUGUUAGUAUGCAAUUUCUUUUCGUCUUCAUGAUUCGUUAUUCCAAAAUUCUAUCAUUAUUCGAUUAUUUGAGUGUCUAAUUUGUUAUCAAUAUCCAAUUGUUAAUCCUUUAAAAAAAGAGAAAAUAUGUGUUUGAACAACUAAUGAAAACUAUAACAUAUUCAUACUGAUUACCAAGAACUAUCUUAAGUUUCCCUA